AUGGAGGAGCUUACGGCGUUCGUGUCCAAAUCUUUUGACCAGAAGACGAAGGAGAGCGGAGGCGGCGGCGGAGGAGGAGGAGGCGGCGGCGGCGGCGGCGGCGGCGCCAAGAAAGACUCCAUCACGUACCGGGAAGUUUUGGAGAGCGGACUGGCGCGCGCCCGGGAGUUGGGGGCCUCGGACUCCAACCUCCAGGACAUGACGGAGGGCGGCGGCGGCGGCGGCCACUGCCCGGUGCACUUGUUCAGGGACCACGUGGAUGGCGUGGACAAGGACAAGCUGAAGGAGUUUGGCGCCGCGGGGAGGAUUUCCGAAGGUAUCUACGACUGCAAGGAGAAGCGCGAGGACGUCAAGUCGGAGGACGAGGACGGACAGACGAAGCUGAAGCAAAGGCGCAGCCGCACCAACUUCACGCUGGAGCAGCUCAACGAGCUGGAGAGGCUCUUCGACGAGACGCACUACCCGGACGCCUUCAUGCGCGAGGAACUCAGCCAGCGCCUGGGGCUCUCCGAGGCGCGCGUGCAGGUCUGGUUCCAGAACAGGAGAGCUAAGUGCCGCAAACAGGAGAAUCAGAUGCAUAAAGGGGUGAUCCUGGGCACCGCCAGCCACCUGGACGCCUGCAGGGUGGCCCCCUACGUGAACAUGGGCGCCUUGCGGAUGCCUUUCCAACAGGUCCAGGCGCAGCUGCAGCUGGAAGGCGUGGCUCACGCCCACCCGCACCUGCACCCGCACCUGGCGGCGCACGCGCCCUACCUGAUGUUCCCGCCGCCGCCCUUCGGCCUACCCAUCGCGUCGCUGGCCGAGUCCGCGUCGGCCGCCGCCGUCGUGGCCGCCGCCGCCAAGAGCAACAGUAAAAACUCCAGCAUCGCCGACCUCCGGCUCAAGGCGCGCAAACACGCCGAGGCCUUAGGGCUCUGA